CCUCUUGCUGGGCGGUCAGAAAACCAGGCCGAAAUCCCCACCGUCUUCCUGGCAUGGCGCGUCGCCUCACCCUGAGCCUCUUCGCUCAUCUUUGAAGAUCGGCCAGCAGAACCCGCCUCUGGGGUUGUCCUGAGGAGUACAAGAGGGGAAAGAUGUAGGGGCCCGGGGCACAGUAGGUGCUCAACAGUGAUUGUCGAAUGGAUGAAAGAGAAGAAAUUUAUCUGGACAGAUUUGGCUUAUCACCAUCACGGUGAUGACAUCGUGGCCAGAUGCACCCACGAGGUCACUCCUGCUGACUCCCCCCCGCAGGGUGGCUGGCGCUGAGAGGGAAGAGCAGGCCCUGGGCGAAGGUGCCUGUGCUUGGGGUUCCCAUCACGAACCGCUCCUUCACCAAGCACUUCUCUCAGCUGCCCUGUGACUUUGUGUGGCUGCCAGCCGCGUGCAGGGCAGUGAACACAUGCACACUCAUCAAAUUGCUAAGAACAUUUUAGUUCCGAUUCUGGAAUGAAACAAUGCAAGUUGCCUGGAAUUUUCUUUCCUUGGGAAUCAUUCCUGGUAUUAUGGUUGAGGCCUCUCUGCCUCUCCCUCGUUCUUUUUACCUGCUUUUCUUUUUUGAGGACAUCAUGCACAGCUGUCUCAGGCACCUCAGGCCUCGCGACUUUGAGCAGCUUCCCGACGACAUUGCGGUCUCUGCCAACAUCGCGGACAUCGAGGAGAAGAGGGGCUUCACCAGCUAUUUUGUUUUUGUCAUCGAGGUGAAGACUAAAGGGGGAUCCAAGUACCUCAUCUACCGCCGCUACCGCCAGUUCUAUGCCUUGCAGAGCAAGCUGGAGGAGCGGUUUGGGCCGGAGAACAAGACCAGCCCGUUCACCUGCAACCUGCCCGUGCUCCCAGCCAAAGUCUACAUGGGUGUGAAACAAGAGAUCGCAGAGAUGCGGAUACCCACCCUCAACGCCUACAUGAAGAGCCUCCUCAGCCUGCCCAUCUGGGUGCUGAUGGAUGAGGACGUCCGGAUCUUCUUCUACCAGUCAUCCUAUGACUCAGAGCAGGUGCCCCAAGCACUGCGCCGGCUCCGGCCGCGUACCCGGAAAGUCAAGAGUGAGUCCCCACAAGGUGCCAUCUUUGACCGCAUGGCAGCUCCGCGAGCAGAGGCCCUGUUUGACUUCACUGGCAACAGUAAACUGGAACUGAAUUUCAAAGUUGGAGAUGUGAUCAUCCUUCUCAGUCGGAUCAAUAAAGACUGGCUGGAGGGCACUGUCCGUGGAGCCACGGGCAUCUUCCCGCAGUCGUUCGUGAAGAUCCUCAAGGACUUCCCGGAGGAAGAAGACCCCACCAACUGGCUGCGCUGCUACUUCUAUGGGGACACCAUCAGCACCACCAAGGACAUCGCCGUGGAGGAGGACCUCAGCAGCACUCCGCUGUUCAAGGACCUGCUGCAGCUCAUGAGGCGGGAGUUCCAGAGGGAGGACAUCGCCCUAAAUUACCGGGAUGCUCAGGGGGAUCUGGUGCGGCUUCUCUCAGACGAGGACGUGGCGCUCAUGGUGAGGCAGGCCCAACGUCUCCCCUCCCAGAAGCACCUCUUCCCCUGGAAGCUGCAUGUCACCCAGAAGGAUGACUACGCGGUCUACAACACUGUCCCCUGAGCUGAUGGUGUCCCUGGGGCAGGGAGGGACACUUGGUAAGAAGCCCUCCGAGGAGAUUAGGACCAGGAAAGCCUGGGAGCAUGGGACAGACUUCCUGGUUUGAAUCCAUGAACCGGCUCGGCUUGGCUUGUAUUCUGUCUAUCUGCACACUUGGUCUCAGAAUUAAAUAAACCCUUUCAUCUCAAAGGUC